AUUAUGAUUACAAUUUACUUAAAUGUUUCAGCCUGAUGUAGAUGUUAAACAAGUCUUCAUGCGCAAGCUCAUCAAUCAUAUUAUCGCUUUGUAUCUUAUGGCGAUAAAUACGUACACAUUUUUCAUGUUGUCAAAUUAUCAUAUUUCAGCUUUUGUAUGUCUGAAGAAAACUCAAGUACUUACAAUGAUAAAUCCUCACAAAAGUGCUAUUCUUAUUUACACACAUAUAAUAUAAAUAUUAUUCGACAUUUGUCAAGGUUAAAAUUAGGAUACAUGUAAUGCAAACAAAAAUUUUAAAUGUAACCGAAGAUUUAUACACAUAUAAUAUAUCGGAGAAAGAGUAGGGAAGAAGUAGGAGCAAACCUCAUCUCUUAUUAACGUACACACAAGGUGUAAUAUCUCUCUCUCUCUCUCUCUCUCUCCCUUUUUCCCUCUCUUUUUCUUUCACGUGGAGAGGGGUACGUAAUAUGUAUUGAAACAACACUCGCGGAGCUUCUUCAAAUGUGGAUUCAUUUGCGUCAUGUUCGUAAGCUUCGUAGUUAUACUUUAACGUUUUAUCACAUUAAUCGGAAAAUGUCACUCAAACGUGAGCCGUUCGCGCUUAUAUGUAUGUUAUUGAAACACAAUGUAAUUGUUUAUCAUGAAAUAUGCACAUUGUAAAAAAACCCGAGCGGUGUUUAUUUCAUGUGUUGAAUAAUAAUAGUGGAUGAUAUAUAUUGUGCAAAUUUGAAAUAACAUACUUACUUUGUGCUGCGGCAUGUAAAUAAGUGUUUAACUUAUACGUUUGAAGUUUUUAAUUUGUACGACACUCGAGCGCGCGUGCGUGUAAUUUGCGGCAUACAGCUAAUUGAAAAUGAAAGAAAACGAAACAAUAAGUUGAAAGUAAGUAAGAAAUAUAUGCGCGCGCGCAUUACAUUUCUGUUAGAAAUUCAAAUCUAAUUUUCGACGAACUGUAUGAAGAAUAUACUUCGAAAAAAAAAAAACGGUGAUUAAUUAACGACGCGUACAUUUUUGGAAAAGUCUACAGAAUGUUAUCAGUAUUUUUGAUAUAUUUUUGUGUAAUUACAUCCAUUCACGGAUUUGUCUUCCGAGAAGCCCUGAAUUUCGCCAAGUGUCUGGCAACAUGUCAAAACGUGUCGUGCCGAAGUAACUGUAAUCCGCAACUCACAGACGAAUUCGAAUCUUAUCCGAAAGUAAAUGAAAAAACUAACGCGAAUGUCAGCUUACACUGCAGAGGAAUGCACAUGCUCGUAAUUAAGCACAAUCCUGGAAUCUACGUUGUUGAACAGAAAGAUCCCGGUGAUACGUGGGGCGCAGCCACGGUGAGCAAUGGCGAAUUAACGAUUUUUUCGAACUUGACGGCAAACACGCUCUAUCGUUACCGUUUGCACAGAAUAACACAGGAUGGAGUUUUUUUAGCUGAAAUGUCGGAUUGGUUUUCGACUUAUUCAGUUGAUUACCAACCCUAUCAAAUUGAACACAUUUCACUUGUCAAGAUUGAGGAAAAUAAAAAUACGCGCAAACUGCAAGCGGAAAUUAGUUUUGAACCUAUGGAGGAUCGAAGUUGUACCUACAACAUAUUAUUUUGGUCAGGGGAGCACAAUUUGAUCAAUUUCAAUUUAUUAAUACCGUUUUUAAAUUUUCACUUUUUUCUCAAACCCUUGCGAUACAACCAAAACACCACGGUAUCAAUUCAAUCGGAGAACGAUGACUUUACCAAAACCAGUAAAUCAACGACAUUUACUUUCCUAACACCAUCGUGCUUGCAAGUUCAUUACAACUUGAGCAUUUGCGCGCCUGAAGAAGUAACGGGUUUGCGAGUUGAUAACAUUCAGAAACACGAGGGAUUGUACGAUAUUACAGUCAAAUGGGACAAACCCGUUUUGCAGCCGGACAAUUACACGUUAUUAUUCGAUUCGUUCCAACUCGAACCGCGUAUGUUGGUCGUACCUGGAGACGAAAUUAAAGCCGCCUUUUUAAACGUCAAUCUCGAUGCGCGAUAUGAAAUCAGUAUUAUAGCGGAAUCAAGGGGCGGAGUGAGCUUGCAAUCGACCAUAUUGGAGAGCAUCGACAAAGCGACAGGUGAACAAGUUGUAGAACUGUCUUAUUACGAGAUCAUCGUGGCCUUACCGAUAAUAGUGAUUGUUACGGUGAUAUUCGGAGUGAUUUGCGUGCAAUAUCGUAAGAAGAAGAAUAAACGAAUUAAGUUGGAAUAUAUGCAUUUUGAGGAUUCCACGGAUAUGCUGAAAAAACAUUCGAAGCGAGAUUACGCGAUCGAGAACGCUGACGUUCUCUUGCCGCAUGAUAAAUUCGAACUUAGUCCACAACAGUUGAAACUUAAGGGUUUGUUGGGCAGUGGGGCGUACGGUAUUGUCAGACUCGCAUCGUUGCAAGUUGAGUUUGGCACCACUAUAGACGUAGCUGUCAAAAUGAUGAAGGAUAAUCCAACGGUCGAAGAGUUGAAAAGUUUUCAUCAAGAAAUUUCAAUAAUGAAGUCCGCUGGCCAGCACCCGAAUAUAGUAUCUUUAAUCGGAUAUUGCACUUUGUACAACAAACCUUUACUAGUAGUUGAAUAUUGCAGCAAGGGUGAUCUGCAAACAUAUUUAAAAACGAUCUGGCAGAAUUUAGUAAAUACCGUAUCCCAGCAUAGAAUUCGUUUGAAAUACGAUCCGAUUUCUUUUGCGAAUAAAAACAAGCGUCAAGAUUUUAAACAAAACGGAUCUUACCAUAAUAACACGCGCACAAUCGCUAAUCGCUUGUACGAUAUUCAGCAAGAUGUUAUAAAAUACACAGAGAACGUCACGUCUGCUGAUUUAUUAAAUUUUGCGAGACAAGUAGCCACAGGGAUGGAAUUCUUAUCUUCAAAUCGAAUAGUGCAUCGUGAUCUGGCUGCAAGAAAUGUAUUAGUGCGAUCAGAUAAGGUGGUGAAAAUAUCAGAUUUUGGCCUUAGUCGCGAUAUUUAUCAAGAAAACGUUUAUCGUAAGAAAGGAAAUGGAAAGCUCCCUUUGAAAUGGAUGGCAAUCGAAGCUUUAACGCAUCAAAUAUAUUCCACUUACAGCGAUGUAUGGGCGUUUGGCAUUUUGUUGUGGGAAAUAGUUACUUUAGGUGCCACGCCUUAUCCCGGUACUCCCACAAACAAAAUUCUGGAGGUUCUCAAAAGUGGAUAUCGGAUGGAAAGACCACAAAAUUGUGGACAAGAAUUAUAUAAUAUAAUGUACUCGUGUUGGAAUGCGCGACCACAAAGUAGACCUACUUUUACCGAAUUGAAACAAAGCUUGGAUCAAUUACUCAGUACCUAUUCGGAAGACAAAUAUUUAAAUCUAUGUGAGGUUCUACAAGAAUCAGAUGAAAGUGGUGGGCCCGUGGUCAAAGUUGUACUUGGCCCUGCUGUUAAGUAGCCAGCGGAUACAGGUGUUCCAGCUAAAGACAAUAAAGCAGCUUAUUGACGGUUAAAAAGAAAAAAAAGUAUAGUAUCUUUUUAUGCAUCAUAAAAACAUAUAUCACAUCUUACCUGUAAGAUAACCAGAACUUGUAUUGUUAGAAAUAAACAGAUCAUGUCUUUGAUCCUUA